AUGUCCGACAGCAUCCUGAGUGACCCUAACUUCUAUCCCCAGGUCUUCCACGUCAGUCAGCUGAGGCUUAUCUACAUCAAAGUGGAGGGACUGGCCCCAGGGGAGCCUCAGGGCUUCAUCUUGAUGGCCUGCAGCCUCACAUUCCACUUUUUCUGGUGCCCUCUGGCUCCCAGAGUCCAGUUUGCCAAUCAAGUGAUGGAGGCUGAAAGGAGGGAUGAGGGGAAGGAGGGGGGUCAGCAAAUGCUAAAUGAUGGAGAUGAGGAUCUUGAUGCAGAUGAAUGGCCCAUUGACUUAAGGAAUCGUGUGGCUGGAGAGGCCCAGAUCCAGCAGUUCUGGGAUGUUGCUUCACCAAACAGAGGUAUUAAAUGCACGAGGAGGAGGCCCCUGCUCCUCAACAGCAUCCUGCUGCGCCAGAACCCACACCACGUGCACAAGUGGCAUAAGCCUGUUGCCCUGCACCAGGGCCGCCCCCGGGAGAUCAUCAAUACCUACACAGAGGCUGUGCAGAUGGUGGGCCCCUGCAAGGCCACAGGCAAACCCCACACUCUGUGGGUGGCAUUUGCCAAGUUUCAUGAGGACAACAGGCAGCUGGACGAUGCCUGUGUCAUCCUGGAGAAGGCCACCAAGGUGAACUUGAAGCAGGUGGAUGACCUGGCAAGCCUACGGUGUCGGUGCGGGGAGCUGGAGCUCCGGCACGAGAACUAUGACGAGGCCCUGCGGCUGCUGUGGAAGGCCACGGCGCUGCCUGCCUGCCGGGCCGAGUACUUCGACGGCUCAGAGCCCGUGCAGAACCGCGUGUACAAGUCACUGAAGGUGUGGUCCAUGCUCUCCGACCUGGAGGAGAGCCUCGGCACCUUCCAGUCCACCAAGGCCGUGUACGACCGCAUCCCGGACCUGCGCAUCGCAGCACCCCAGAUCGUCAUCAACGACGCCAUGUUCCUGCAGGAGCACAAGUACUUCGAGGAGAGCUUCAAGGCGCACGAGCGCAGCAUCCCCCUGUUCACGCGGCCCAAUGUGUCGGAAAUCUGGAGCACCUACCUGACCAAAUUCGUCGCCCGCUACGGGGGCCGCAAGCUGGAGCGGGCACGGGACCUGUUCGAACAGGCUCUGGACGGCUGCCCACCAAAAGACGCCAAGACCUUGUACCUGCUGUACGCGCAGCUGGAGGAGGAGUGGGGCCUGGCCCGGCACGCCAUGACCAGGGCCGUGGAGGCUGAGCAGCAGCACGACACAUUCAACAUCUGCAUCAAGCGGGCUGCCGAGAUCUAUGGGGUCACCCACACCCGCGGCAUCUACCAGAAGGCCAUCGAGGUGCUGUCGGACGAGCAUGCACCUGAGAUGUGCCUGAGGUUCGCGGACAUGGGGUGCAAGCUGGGGCAGAUCAACCGCACCCGGGCCAUCUACAGCUUCUGCUCCAAGAUCUGCAACCCCCGGACGACCGGAGCGUUCUGGCAGACGUGGAAGGACUUUGAGGUCCGGCACGGCAAGGAGGACACCAUCAAGGAGAUGCUGCGCAUCCAGCGGAGCGUGCAGGCCACAUACAACACGCAGGUCAACGCCAUGGCCUCGCAGAUGCUCAAGGUCUCGGGCAGCACCAUGGGCACCGUGUCCAACCUGGCCCCUGGGCAGAGAGGCAUGGAUGACAUGAAGCUGUUGGAACAGCGUGCGGAACAGCUGGCAGCCGAGGUGGAGCGAGACCAGUCCCUGUGUGCCCAGAGCAAGAUCCUGUUCGUGAGGAGCGACGCCUCCAGGGAGGAGCUGGCAGAGCUGGCACAGCAGGUCAACCCCGAGGAGAUCCAGCUGGGCGAGGACGAGAUGGACCUGGAACCCAACGAGGUCCAGCUAGAGCAGCAGAGCAUGCCAGCUACCGUGUUCGGGAGCCUGAAAGAAGACUGACCCGUCCCUCCUCCCUUCCCCCAAUACAGCCGUGUUUGUA